AUGGCAAACGUUCUCAGUAAAUUAUAUGAACAUCUGUGCGGCCUCACCUUCCCUAGGUGGGUUUCCAGCACAGGACCUGGGCCUGCACGCUGCCCUGUUUGUGGGAAGGCCAUCCUGAAUCGCAGGCAGGUAGCCCCCUCAUCCAGUCAGCCCAAGGCCCUUAAGAGGAGGUGCCCUCUGCCAGAGGGCCCCACCACAGGGGAUGACCCUUCGGGAUCUCCAGAGCAUUCGCGAAAAAGACCUGCGCUAAUGCUGCCACCUGGAGAUUCGGGGCUGGAAUUCGCCAGAAGCCCGAGCACCCCUUCAUGUCAGCUGGGAUCCUCGCUUCAAAUUUCCACUCUUAAGACCCCUGCUCAACUUGAGGAGCAAAAAUCACCAUAUGAUGUCCCUCUUCCUGACCCCAGGGGCACCGAGGUCAAAGGCCUUGAAGACCCAGACGGUGAGUUAAAAAUUCUGGAAGCGCAUAAGGGAGAAGCCCAAGGGAGGGGACCGCCUAGCCAUGGAGCAAUGGCACUUGGCAGUUGGGUGACCAUCAGGAGAGACUUCACUCUCAGUGGACACUGCCCUAGUCCCCAUCAGGGAAUUGUUCCCAAUGUUGAAAGAGAUGAAAAGUUGCUUGUGUCUCCUGUAGGUAUCCCGUCUCAUGGCUGUGACAUCCCCACCUCACAAAGCUCCAUCGUGGACACGCUGGACAACAACGAACUCCAGAAUGGCUCACAUUCCCAGGAGUCAGGUGAGGUGGUGGAGGGCCAAAAGCCCACAGCAAGUCCACCACCAGCCUCCCAGAAGUCAGGUGAGGUGGCGGAGGACCAAAAGUCCACAGCAAGUCCACCACCAGACUCCCAGGAGUCAGUUGAGGUGGUGGAGGACCAAAAGUCCACAGCAAGUCCACCACCAGACUCCCAGGAGUCAGUUGAGGUGGUGGAGGACCAAAAGUCCACAGCAAGUCCACCACCAGACUCCCAGGAGUCAGGUGAGGUGGUGGGGGGCCAAAAGCCCACAGCAAGUCCACCAACAGACUCCCAGAAGUCAGGUGAAGUGGUGGAGGGCCACAAGCCCACAGCAAGUCCACCACCAGACUCCCAGGAGUCAGCAAAGGGGGUGGUAGGGAAAAAGCCCAAAGAGCUUCCACCUCCAGAUACCAGGAGUCCGUGA